GUGAACUACCAUCCAUCAAUAUUAGCAAUUGCAAAAAAUUCAUCUUUCUUCUAUCUUCUUCAUACAAACAAAAAUGGCUAACGACGAGGUAAUAUUGUUGGAUUUCUGGCCUAGCAUGUUUGGUAUGAGGCUAAGGAUUGCAUUAGCUGAAAAAGAGAUAAAAUACGAGUAUAAAGAAGAGGAUUUGAGGAACAAAAGCCCUUUGCUUUUACAGAUGAAUCCUAUCCACAAGAAAAUCCCAGUUUUGAUUCACAAUGGAAAACCCAUCUGUGAGUCUCUUAUUGGAGUUGAGUAUAUUGACGAAGUGUGGAAGGAUAAAGCCCCUUUGCUCUCUUCUGAUCCUUAUGAGAGAGCACAAGCUAGAUUCUGGGCUGACUACAUUGACAAAAAGAUUUAUGAGACUGCGAGGAAGAUAUAUACAACAAAAGGAGAAGAGCAGGAGGCAGGUAAGAAAGAUUUCAUAGAAAUCCUUAAAGUGCUGGAGGGAGUUCUAGGAGACAAGCCUUACUUUGGAGGGGAUAGCUUUGGUUUUGUGGAUAUUGCACUCAUUGGGUUCUAUAGUUGGUUUUAUGCUUAUGAGACUUAUGGUAACUUCAGCAUAGAGGCUGAGUGCCCAAAGUCUGUGGCUUGGGCCAAGAGGUGCAUGCAGAGGGACAGUGUGGCUAAGGCUUUGCCUGACCAACAUAAGGUCUAUGAGUUUGUGAAAGUGCUAAGGCAGAAGAUUGGAAUUGAAUAAACAUAAGCUUAUACAAUUAUGCAUCAUAAUGUAUUGAAAAAAGGCACUUUGUUGUCCUUCUUGAGUUGUUGUUUUGAAAUGUUUUGUUUGUUUGGUCAGUGUAAGUCGGUUCUUGUUUUACUUGUAAUAAAGGACUCUUAGGUCUGUCUUGUUGCGUGUUGGCUUUUGUAAUGAGAAGUAAUCACUUUUCCAUGGGCAUCAUCUAUAGUAAUGGAAUUACCCUCUCCGUC